AUGUUUUCCUCUCUCUCUCUCUUCCGUUUGUCCGUUCCCUCACCCUCUCUGUUUUUUACUGACCCUUCCACGGAUCUGUUCUCUGAUGACCUUCCUCCCUCGCCCUUGCCAGCCUCUCUCGAGGUCUCUGAUGAGCUUACUCCACCGCCCCUGCCGGCCUCUCUCGAGCAUGCCUUGCCUUCUGGUCUGUCCCAUCCCCCUGCUCACUCUGAUGGUCCUGCUCUUGCUUCCUCGGGAUCCUCCCCUCCUGGUGAGUCUCUCCCUCUGGCUCCUCCUGCCUCUACUCGACCACACCGGAAAUAUUACUCUCUCAACUCUCUCAAUUUCUCUUUCAGUAGUUUUUAUCUUGCUCCUAUAUGGUUUGUAACAGAGUAUUUAUCGAACUCCGCAUUAGCAAAUACCAGCGUUACAAGUACGACUGUCUUCACUUCUACAUCAGGGCUUUUCACACUCUUCUUUGGAGCACUUCUUGCUCAGGACUCCAUAAAUACUGUGAAGAUCAUAGCUGUUUGUAUUAGCAUGACUGGUGUUGUGAUGACUACACUAGGAAAAACUUGGGCCCCUAAUGAAGUGCUGAGCGUCUCUGAGAGCACAAAGCAUUCCAGCAUUGGAGACAUUUUUGGUCUUCUCUCAGCAAUGUCAUAUGGCUUAUUUACAGUGCUGCUCAAGAAAUCUGCUGGAUUGGAAGGAGACAAGGUUGAUGUGCAGAAGUUCUUUGGAUACAUUGGACUGUUUACUCUUCUUGGACUCUGGUGGCUUGUAUGGCCGCUGAAUGCUGUGGGGAUAGAACCUCAGUUUACGUUUCCACGUUCAACAUCCCUAGGUGAAUUGGUGAUGUUAAAUAGCUUUGUGGGGAGUGUUCUCUCAGACUACUUUUGGGCCCUUUCUGUAGUUUGGACAACCCCAUUAGUGGCAACUCUGGGCAUGUCCUUGACAAUACCCAUUGCAAUGGUAGCUGACAUGGUGGUGCAUGGCCGUCGCUUUUCUGCAAUCUACAUUCUUGGAUGCAUUCAGGUUUUUGUAGGAUUUGUUGUAGCAAACCUUUCUGACAAGCAUUCUUGUAAGGAAGUAGUAGAAUCAGAAGUGGAAGCUGAAGAUAAGUAGACUAAACUUUUGUUUG